UGGAAGUGCUGAAAAAAAAAAACAACUUUGACAUGAUGGUUUUAUAUUUGUGUCGGACAGAAAUACGUCGGGAGCUACGCCGGUGAAGAAUUUAUUUCAAUUAUCAUGAGCAAGCUCAGUGGUCUCGCUCCGCGCUGUCGCUAGUUGUAGACACAUAUUCUAUCUUCAUUAUCCAUGCGACGGAACGUUUCUCGCUAGUGCCGUGCUCCAAAUAAUGGUUUCCAAUGAAUCAGUGACGUCUCGAUACGCAACCUUGGAUAAUAUGGUUACAAGAAAAGGUGUAUUUUGAAAAUAUAUCUAGUGUUUUCGUGUUGAAAACUCGUUUGUGGUAUAAGUUAACUGUGUUGUGGUUUUGUUAGCGUUGUGGUGUUGCUGAAUCGGUGUUAUGUCGGGUGGGAGGAGUUUGGAGAAGGAGCGUAAGUCUCCUCGGGAAAGCGGAGAGGACUCCGAAGAUGAGAGUGAAAUCUUGGAGGAGAGUCCUUGUGGGAGAUGGCUGAAGCGUCGGGAAGAGGUGGAACAGCGAGAUGUCCCUGGCAUCGAUUGCGCGCACCUCGCCAUGGACACAGAAGAGGGCGUGGAAGUCGUCUGGAACGAGGUCCAGUUCUCCGAGAGGAAGAACUUCAAAGCUCAAGAAGAUAAGAUACAGAUGGUCUUCGACAACCUGACCAGGCUGGAACACCCCAACAUAGUCAAGUUCCAUCGGUAUUGGACGGAUACGCACAAUGAUAAGCCCAGAGUGAUAUUCAUAACAGAAUACAUGUCAUGCGGCUCCCUCAAACAGUUCCUGAAGAGGACAAAACGCAAUGUCAAACGACUUCCACUCCAAGCUUGGAAGAGGUGGUGUACACAGAUUUUAUCUGCGCUAAGCUACCUCCACGGCUGCGUGCCCCCCAUAGUCCACGGCAACCUCACCUGCGACACGAUCUUCAUCCAGCACAACGGUCUGGUCAAGAUCGGCUCCGUCGCCCCGGACGCGAUCCACCACCACGUCAAAACGUGUCGGGAGAAUAUGCGGAACAUGCAUCUUAUUGCUCCGGAAUAUGCUUCCCAAAUUGGGAUGGAAAACGCAUCACAAAUGGUGACCCCAGCCAUGGACAUAUAUUCCUUCGGAAUGUGCGCAUUGGAGACGGCGGCAUUAGAGAUUCAGGGUAACGGGGAUUCUGGGAGUCAUGUCACGGAUGAACAUAUCGCGCGCACUGUUGAGUCGCUGGAAGAGCCGAGGCAAAAGGACUUUAUUUACAGAUGUAUAAACAAGGACCCAGCACAGAGGCCAACGGCGCGCGAGCUCCUCUUCCACCCGCUACUCUUCGAAGUUCACUCACUGAAGCUACUCGCUGCACACACGCUCGUCAACACCUCAGCAAACAUAUCUGAAACGAUAACGGAUGAGGUAGUCGGUUCGAAUGGCGAAGCGCUCGCCACGUGUGUUCGCGGUGGGGAGUUACACGAGAUUACAGUUCGAGAUCUGCCUCCGCACCAGGAGAAACUCGAGAAAUUCGUCGAGGAUGUCAAAUACGGCAUCUACCCGCUGACGGCGUACGGGUACCGCAGCAGCAACGGGCGCGCGGCGUCCCCCCUCGCCCCGGACCCCCUGCCCGCCGCGUCCCCCGAGCCGCGCGACGUGGAGACGCGGCGCGUCGUCAACAUGAUGUGCUCGCUCAAGCCGCACCCGCCGCUGCAGCAGGACGACGCCGCGCAGGACCAGGACCUGCUGAUGACGAUACUGCUGCGCAUGGACGACAAGAUGAACCGCCAGCUCACCUGCUGCGUGUCGCGCCGCGACUCCGCGCCUAAGCUCGCACACGAGCUCGUGCAACUCGGGUUCAUACAUGAGUCUGACCGCGACAAACUGUGUCGGCUCAUGGAGGAGUCCCUGCGCAGCUCGUUCGGUGCGCGCGCGCAGCUCGCCAGCUAGUGCGCGCCGUCGCGCCGCCAGACACCACGCCGCUCUCCCAACUCACAAGGUAGACUUGCCUA